AGAAUCAAUCAUAUGCACAGGAGAUAACAACAGGAAGAAAAAAAACACGGUGUUUCUUAGCAGGUAGUUGGACUACUUUUUCAUAGUGUACUAGAGUAGAAGCCAGGAUCUCCAGCAUACGCCAUACCGAGCUGUCCUGAAUUCAGUGUAGCUUAUUCAUCGCAACCAUGUAGUGACUUCGUGGUUCAAGGCGCGCAAUCUUCUGAACAGAUACAUGGUGCUACACCACGAUACAGCUUCCAUUGCUUGCUUUCCUUCGUGCGGAUUCGGUAGUAGCAGACGAGCAGCUGGCAUACCAUUGUCGCAAUUCUGCGUGGUCAAGAUUGUAGAUUAGACGUCGCGGCUUCAACUGAUUCUUGUUCGUCCUGGUUCUUGUUUCCAAGAAAACCCGAGACCCAGAAGCCGAGUAAAAGCCGCAAUCGGUCGUGAUGGAGAUGCACCAGCAGUCCCUCCAGUACGAAGCUUCGAGCUCUUCUUCGAGCAGAAGAGGACGAACGAAGAGUAUGGGCGAUUUGUCUGAGGAAAGCAUGAAGAUCGGGGUACGGAUGAACGUAAAAAAUGUAGUGAUGGGGACCCAGAGGACAUCUAGGUCCGUUCUACCAACUAGAAUGGUCAAGACGUCGGUUGACGCAAAAGCGAGGCGAAGGACGACUGGUCGCAGAACACGCCACUCACUUGCAGCAGCUUGUUUUGGCCUCCUAGUCUCCAAUCCUUUUGAUGAAGUUUCAGCAAGACGAAGUUACUCAGGUGGCGUGGUAAGCGCAAAUGGUCCGACUGGGACUACAUCAUGGACCGAUCCAAGUUAUCAAAAGAUCAUCGCUUACACAGAGAAAAACUUGCAGAGCAACGUGUACAUACACAAGCUCCUCUCCGAAGAGACGAUCCAAGCAAAUUACGGACGGGCGCAUUAUAACAGUACUAAUAUUCGGAAUAUUUUUUUUUUCGUUGCUGUUGUAUGUAAUGACUGUCCUCUUGCUCUUGUUGGUAAUCAUUUACUAGAAUCAAUGUACUUACUAUGAAAUUUGAAUUUCUAUUUCAUUUUCUAUGAAAUUUGAAUUUCUUACUUAGUUACUUGGUGCUUCAAUACUAUAACUAUUUGCGCGAAGAAAGAAAAGAUGGUUUGCAAAUAGGUUGAGAACGACAACUUUUUGUUUUCCAGGGCGGCAAGGAAAUUGAAAAGACAUUUUUAGACUCAUUGCUCUAGUACAACAGCCAACCUAAUGAUCUUUUUCCAUGCUACGCAUUCCACAGAGAAGUAUCCGUUUACGAUUGAGUGGCACCAACAGAAGCAACCUGAUAAUUGGAAGUGCGACAUACCAAAUGACGAAAGUAUCAAAAGCAAGGAUACAAUAUUGAGUGUGCUGAACACGCUAUUUUCGCGUUUCAUGGACCACAAACUGCUCGAGUACCAUGACCUUAUCCCAGCGAAAUACACGAGCGCGAAGGUAUGCUAAAUAGUUCCUGCGCCCUUGCUCCUGCUAAUGCGAGGACUUGCACUUUUCGUUUGAGUAUGACGAGUCCUGAGGCUGGGUAAGCAGUGAGUAAGUCUAGAUCAUUAGUUGAUGUUAGUUGUAAGUUUAUAAGGACGCUACGUGUGAUGUAAGAUGUCUGGUGAGACUCUUAGACUGCCAACAAAAAACACACAGGUUGAGGUAGAUUUAGCAACGAAGAUCCCGAUAAUGGAUAUGACGGACUCGCAAUUGUUGCGAUGGAUGGUGAAUCUCAUUGUGGAUUUGCAUUACCCCUUCAAUGUAGGAUUUCCCUCACAGCCAGAAAAGUCGCUAGAAACAGUGUUGGACGGCCAGACGCAAAGUCUAGAGGCCCUUUUCGUCAAGCUCCAAGAGUCGGCCACCCUUUCUGACGUGCCGGCGCCUGCAGAUGGCAGCGAAGACAUCGCGGAUGUAUUUUUACAUACAGCUAUUCCUAUUGGACUAGUUCCAGAACGGUUCCUGUAACUUAUUCUCUCAGUUCAUUGAUAUUUAUGAAGUACUCACUCUUUGGAGGAACGAACAAUGUCUAUAAACAAAGUACGUGUGCUAGAUUGAACAAUUACGAUCAAGAUCCAUAGAAAAAAUGAAUUCUAGUGACGUCGUCGAUCAACAUUUACACAGACAUACUACGGAAUUUUAUAAAUAUUAAAAAAUUCCCCUAAACUACUACAGCAACAUCCCUUUGAAUUGUUUCACAAGUGGGCGGUAGAAACAGCGAAGGUUAGUUGCACGAUAUAUGGGGAUGUUGGGGGAAACACCUUUCCUAAGCAAGUCGCAGUGACGGAAGUCCUGAAACAGAAGUGGACUGCAAUCCUGAAGGAGCGGAUGGACGCAGCGGCAAAGAACGCCUUCGUCUUUCUCAAGUACAACCAUUGAUGACUCAUGUCCAUGACGACAAGUUAGAUAUAAUCGAUAAGUUAGAUAAGUUAGAUUAUAUCCCGAUAGAAUACAGUCACAGCGUUGCAUUGAACAUGAUUCAAAUGAAUCCAUUGCUACCAGCAUUUUCAUCUUGCUGAUGGCUUUCAAUCUGUAGAUGCAAAAAAAAGCACAUAACUACUCGAACUCCACGUGAAGAAGAAGAACAUAACAACUCCACCUACAGAAGGAUUGUCGGACCCGUCUAAUCCGACGACCCCAAUGAUUCCCAACUCUACAGGAACAUCGCGGUGCACAAGCAACAUCGCGCAGCCAACGCGACAGGUAGGGGACGACAUCAUCCUCGAAAGUAUUGGAAGCGAGAUCUCAUGAAAAACUUCGGCAUAGCUCUCUUCGUCGUCCCAGCAUUCUUCUGGCUCAUGAAGCAAUUCGAGGCGCAGCGCAACGUCUUCAAGGUCGUUUUCGACCAAAGCGGAUCCGGAAUAUCGAUGCAAAACAUGCGAAAGCUGUAACCGUGGAGUUUUUUAUUUACCCUCCAGAGUAGUACUUCUACUUGUGCUUUACGUUAUUCAACACCACGCAAUUCAAAAUUAUAGGAAGAAUCAGUUGUAAGAACACUUCCUUUUUAUCGCAGCUAUGAUUGCUCUAGAUGGAUCCAUGGAAUAAAAUGAUCAAGAUCAAAUGUUUACCUUUACUCCAUCAAACUAACCCUUGCCCUCUUGUAGUUUGAUCAUGAACCAAAAAGGUCGACGAAGUUUUGAUUUUCCCUGGAUUCCCCAUUCUUCCUCGAAGCCCUGUACCCACAUCAUAAUCAUACACACAUCCUUGAGUUUUCUACAAAUGACGGUGCGACGGGCGCAAAUGUUUGUAGCACUUUGCGCACCAUUAUUCUCCCCAAAUAAUGGAUCAAGCGUGGUCUGGCCAUACUGCCCUAUGAAUGAAUGUUCCGCAAGCACUUUGACAGAUGCAUCCACAUCCAUUUGUAUGUUAUGCCACUCAACAGAUUCUGAUCCACCCAAGUAUGCAAGGUGUAAAUCUUGUGACCGAUAAGAAAAGCUUCUCCUCUAGAUGAUGAGCUGACGCAUGUUUAUUCACUGAUAUCGGUCGUCGUUAUACGACGAAAAAUGAAACACCACAAAAGGGGCGUUCAUCUUGUAGACGACCGAUGAUGAUGAG